ACAACUAUUAUUUGUCAAUAUUCAAUCCGGAUGGAAGGCCAUCCGGUGGUCGUAAACCUAGAGAUCUUAAUCUUCUUGAAGCAGAGCAAGCUCAUAUUUAUGUUUUGAGAAAUUGUGAUGAAGUUCAACCAUAUAUCAGUGAGUACUCCAGUAGUCAAGAUGGAUGUUCACUGCAACCAUUUACCACCAUGUGGAACCAGAAGUUCAAUCAGUGGUUCAAAGAGAAGGUAGCCAGCUUGCACGAACAUGAUAAGAGUGAGCUCACCGAAGACCUUUUGGCACUAUCACGUGGUCCAUUGGAAAAUGUAACAUGUUUUACUGGCUAUGACAUGAAUGGAUUCAGAUAUCGUGUUCAAAGUCGAGAUAGACACCUCUGCACACAGAACAGUGGGGUGGCUGUACUUUCAGAACAAGGGGAUAAUGGUAAUACAGUAGAAUAUUAUGGCAUAUUGACAGAGAUAGUCGAACUGCAAUACUUAGGUGGAAGGCGUGUGACAUUAUUCCGUUGCAACUGGAUUGACGUAUUUGACAAAGAGCAUGGGAUUAAGAAAUACAACAAGCAUGGAAUCGUUAGUCUUAACCUGCAGCGUUUGCUUCUGACAGAUGAGCCUUUCGUUCUGGCUAGCCAAGUCUCUCAAGUAUUUUUUGUCAAGGAUAAUCUUAUAAAAGGAUGGCAUGCAGUCGUGAAAAAUCCAUCACAUCAUGCUUACAGUGUACCACAUGGACAGUCUGAUGAUGAAGCCUAUGAAGCUGAACCUGACAAUGGCGAUGAAGACGACUUGCUUCAAAAUUCGACAACAUCACGUAGAAAUAGAACAACAUGAUGGCACUAGUUUAUGCAACUCUUAAUCUGUAGUAAUCGAUUUGCUUCAUAUUUUUUGCUUUUACCUUAUUAAUAAACAGUGACACAAGUAGUUUUGUACUUACUUUAUUUGAUUUAGCAUUCAAUAAUUCAUUUUCAGUAUAUCAACAUUCACUUAUUUAAUUCAAUUUUACUUUGUACAGCCUUUGUGCACACUUUAAACUAACACUAUAUGCGUAGGGUAUCACAAUGAGUCAGCACAAGUAUGGAAACUUGACAACAUUAGCUCGGGAAAGAUGCUCCUCACAGUUGAAUAAUUCUGGACUGGUACACCAGGGUAUUGCUAGGCGGACCUUGCCAGAGAAAUCAAGUCAAAUAGCAGAUUUCAGCAGAAAAAGGGUUACUCACAAGCCUAAUUUGCAAGAUGAGGAACUGUGGAAAAAGUAUGAGUUAGCUACAAAAGAUGGAAAUGAUGCGGCAACAAAUACACCAAUCUUGUUUACUACAAAUUUUGAUGCUGAUGAUUUCGGAACUAUGAGUGAUGAAGCUGAUACCAGCAAUGAUGGUGACAUGGGAAAUGAUAUGCAUGAUUUUCAUGAUGAAUUAAUGGGUAAUGAAAAUCUGGAAAGUGAAGAAUCCCAGGAUAGCCAUGGCUUUGAAGGUACCUCAAAGAUUAGUAAGCACAACAAUGCAACUGAAUUAGUUGAUGAAAAUCUGGAAAGUGAAGAAGUGCAGGGUAACCAUGGCCUUGCAGCUACGUCCAAGACUAGACCUCGAACAGGUGAAAAGCGUAGGGUCCGUGGGAAAAAUAAAUGCAAGGAAGUAGCUGAUCUCAUGGAGUCCCAAAAAAUUAAAGUCCGGUUUUACAAUAACCAUGCGCUUUGCAAAAGUUUUGCACGACACUUGGGUAGAAUCGUCCGUAAUCCUAGAAUUACCCCGAUGAGGGUAAAGGAAUGGUCCAAUAGUACUGAUGCAGCUCGGAAACAUAUAUUUGAUGCAAUUAAGGACAAGUUCGAAAAUAUUGACAACAACAUUGCAAUAGAUGUGUACAAACAUGAGAUAUUAGACCAUGUCGAGAAACUUUGGAUCAACUGGCGUGGAGACUUGCACCGGCAUUUUGUGAAACCCAACAAGACUAUGCAGGAGGCUAUGAAAAAGGUACCUAAAGAUAUUCCAAAGGAUGACUGGGAAUGGCUUGUGAAGGAGCAUUUUUUCAGCAAGGAGUUUCUGAAAAAGAGCAAGAGAAACACCCAAAACAGAGCUAACCUCAAAAUGCUUCACCGAUCUGGCAGUAAACCCUUUAGACAGAUAAUUUGGGACAUGGGAGGAAAGGAAAACAAGCCACCGAGUAUGGAUAAACUAUUUUCAGAGACACACAAGAAGGGUACAGACUUCCCUGAUUCUACAACCUCCGCCAAACAUGCACAAAUUAAUACCAUAGUUCAGUCAAAUCCUGGUCUUUCAAAUGAUGAAGUCAUGCAGAAAUGUGACACAUCUAAGCGGCGUGAUCACGUAGUUGGCUUUGGUGGUGGAAUUAGAGCACGAGAUUUGCGAGGACCAGCAUUAAGUAAGGCUGAAUUAGUUUCUCAACUUCAAGCUUCUGAGCAAGCGAAACAAGUACUCGAAGAAAAGGUCAAUGGCAUGACGCAAGAAGUAUCAGAAAUUAAGCGUCUUCUAUCUGGUAGAUCUUUAACUGAUAGUUCUCAUGAACGCCAACAUGAUCAAGACUGAUGGUCCACCAAUGAAUCAAGCAUAAGGAGGCAUUGUAAUCGUUGGUGAAGAAUGAUAUCCAUUCAAACAACGAUGGUGUUCCUCUAUUGAAGACUAAUAAAUAUUAUC